AUGCCUCAAACCUCUACAUACGGCACAGAAAGUGCAGCAAACAAAGCUAUUGGUGGCAUUCCUACUGUCCAUUAUUUCGAUUUCCAAUCCCGAGGCCGAGGUCAGGUAGUUCGAUUGUUGCUCAUCGAUGCAGGAGCUGCAUUCAAGGAUAUUCGGUACACAUUCGAAGAAUGGCCAGAACAUAAGAGAAAUGGGAAAGUUGCGGAGAUAAAUCCUACGGGAAACAUACCAGUGGUCGAGAUGCCGGACGGAAAAAUCUUGACACAGAGUUAUGCUAUCCUUAGGCAUUGGUCAAGAUUGCUAGGCGCGUAUGACGGGAAGAAUGAAGAUGAGAAAUAUUGGGCCGAUGCAAUUUGCGAUAUUGUUGUUGAUUGGCGAACUCUGUUCAUUUCAGCUUUCUUCUCUGACAACCAAAAAGAAGACUAUCCGAAACAUCAACAAGGCGAUCAGAAGAAAUACCUCAACGCAAUCGAAACACAUUUGAAGGGUUCGGAGCUUUCGAAAAAGGGUCCUUUCAUAAUUGGCAAUGAAAUCACAUAUGCAGACAUGGCUCUAUAUCAGUUACUCCACGACGAAAGUCUUACCAAAGAUGGACGAAAAGGACUGAAAGAGUAUCCGAGAUUAGUGCAAUUAGUAGAUGCUGUGGAAACCAGACCAAACAUCAAGAAGUUCUUGAACAGCGAUGCUUAUCUUGGUUAG